GCAAAUUCGUAAAGGUGAAAAAUUACGCGUUUUAGAUAUCGAGGAACACAGAUGGAGUUUGAUUUUCAGCGAUAGAAACGUUAUCCACCAUUUCUUACCUCGCCGGUAGUAGAGGAAAGGACGAAGGAAGGACGUCAGCACGCAAUUGUAGUCUUCGUACGUGCUUACGCCAUCACGGCGCUACGCGUUGAUCAGACGUAACUAAACAAUUGAUGAUGAUGAUGGAUGCAAAAUACUGCGAUAUAUUGAUAAAUUAUACGUCUUUGGUCCCCAGGGGGAGAAAAAAAAACGUCGCAUUUAGAAUAAAUCUGGAUAUAAAAAGAAUCGAGAUCAAUUGAUUCAUUAAGUAGCGGACGAAAUGAUUUAUUCUUUUCUGAGUUUUAUUUUAAUACCAGGACUAAGUACUCGAUCCCAGAGAAAUGUUUUGUCAAUGACAGACGCUAGCAAAUGUUAGUUAAAGUCAUGGCUUUGGUCAAACAAAGUUAUUUUAUUGCGGGUCGUUUCUCCAGCAACCACCGGUGGUUGAAUCCCAAAUGCAACCAACAUGUGUACGCCGUCAGCGGACUGACCACAGCGGCCAGGUCAUCCCAGACACCGAAGGACCGCAAGAAGGAGCUGUCGGAUGACGGGCCCGACCUCCAGGACUUUAUAUCCGGGGAGCUGUCUGAGAAGAACAACUGGGAGGAGUACAGGGGUAACCUGAAGAGACAGAAGGGAGAGAGGCCGAACCAAUGUGACUGUUGUGAUAGGCUGAGACUCCCCCCGUGGCUGAAGACUGAGAUUCCUAUAGGCAAGAACUACAACAAGUUGAAGAACAUCCUGAGAGACCUCAACCUGCACACGGUGUGUGAGGAGGCCAGGUGUCCUAACAUUGGAGAGUGUUGGGGAGGAGGGGAACAUGGUACGGCCACAGCCACCAUCAUGUUAAUGGGGGACACAUGUACCCGUGGCUGUAGGUUCUGUUCUGUGAAGACAGCCCGUCAGCCCUCUCCCCUGGACCCAGAUGAGCCCUAUAACACAGCCAAGGCCAUCGCUGCCUGGGGGCUGGACUAUGUGGUUCUGACCUCUGUGGACAGAGACGAUAUCGCUGACGGGGGGGCGGAGCAUUUUGCCAAGACCGUCUCCAACCUGAAGGAGAGGAAGUCCCAGAUCAUGGUGGAAUGUCUGACCCCUGAUUUCAGAGGAGACCUGGCAGCGGUGGAGAAGAUCGUCCAAUCAGGGCUGGACGUUUACGCCCACAAUGUGGAGACCGUCCGCGAGCUGCAGAGACACGUCCGUGAUCCGCGGGCGAACAUCGACCAAUCCCUGAAUGUCCUGCGUCACGCCAAGGCCGUCAAACCAGACAUUCUCACCAAGACCUCCAUCAUGUUGGGUCUCGGAGAGACGGACCGGCAGAUCUAUAACACACUGACCGAGCUGAGAGAGGCAGGAGUGGAUUGUCUAACACUGGGACAGUACAUGCAGCCCACCAAACGCCACCUCAAGGUAGAGGAGUAUGUGACUCCUGAGAGGUUUGUCCACUGGGAGGAGGUGGGGAAGGAGAUGGGAUUCGUCUACACAGCCAGCGGACCCUUAGUGCGCUCCUCAUACAAAGCAGGUGAGUUCUUCCUGAAGAAUCUGUUAGAGAAGAGGAAGGCAGCGGCAGAAUAACCUGAUCACCUGAACUCACCUUUACCUGAAUCCUGACGUCUCCUCCUUUCAGAGGCCUCUCUCCCUCCAUAACGCUACUCUAGUUACACUGUAUUACAAUAUAAUAUACUACAAUAUACUACAAUAUAAAGUUAUCCGAUCCAGAAAAUGAGCUACUACAGGACUCUGUUCAUGUUGAUGUCUCGUUCUGUACAUUAUAACCAGUGAUGUAGUGGGGGGUAAUUAUCUGGGAAGAUAAAGGGGGGUAAUUAUCUGGGAAGAUAAAGGGGGUAAUUAUCUGGGAAGAUAAAGGGGGUAAUUAUCUGGGGAGAUAAAGGGGGUAAUUGCCUGGGAAGAUAAAGGGGGUAAUUACCUGGGAAGAUAAAGGGGUAAUUACCUGGGAAGAUAAAGGGGGGUAAUUACCUGGGAAGAUAAAGGGGGGUAAUUACCUGGGAAGAUAAAGGGGGGUAAUUACCUGGGAAGAUAAAGGGGAGUAAAUACCUGGGAAGAUAAAGGGGAUAAUUAUCUGGGAAGAUAAAGGGGGGUAAUUACCUGGGAAGACAAAAGGGGGGGUAAUUACCUGGGAAUAUAAAGGGGGGGUCGACCCUCCACUCCACCACAGGCUAUAGGUGUAUGAUCCAUAUCAGUCAGCAACACACACAUUCACACAGUCAACCUGAGUGGACCAACGCAUCAGGAGGGUAGAGGGGGACCAGGAGGGCAGACAGAGACCCAUCAGGAGGGUAGAGGGGGACCACUUAAGGUCAGGUUGGAUUUAAGUGGGACACCCAUGGUGUGUGCAGAAGGAAGGUGUUGGGGGGGUUCAGUGGUUGUUGGAUUGGCAGUCCCAGAUGCCAUCCUAUUCACUACUAGUAGUCCACUAUAUAGGGAAUAGGGGGCCAGUAGUCCACUAUAUAGGGGGCCAGUAGUCCACUAUAUAGGGAAUAGGGGGCCAGUAGUCCACUAUAUAGGGAAUAGGGGGCCAGGAGUCCACUAUAUAGGGAAUAGGGGGCCAGGAGUCCACUAUAUAGGGAAUAGGGGGCCAGUAGUCCACUAUAUAGGGAAUAGGGGGCCAGUAGUCCACUAUAUCGGUGUGUUGCUAUGUGAUCGGUGUGUUGCUAUGUGACUUGGAGUGUUGUUUUAUAAUGACUCACGGUUGUACAUUAAAAGUAUUAAAUAAUGACUUAUCAUUCCAA